CGAAAAAUCUACGAAACAUCUCCUUGCUAUCUCUUCUCCUUCUUCAUUUCCGUUCUUCUCUUUGAUUCGUGUCUUCAACGCUGUUUUGGGUUCGUCUCGAGCGGAACUGUGCCUGACGACGUCGUUUCUGUGUAAACCCUAGAAUUUCGUUUUCGUGUCUAGCUGGUGGCAAGGAAUUCUUUUUGUCGUGAAUUGCUGAAUAAAGUUGCGAAGUAUGUGCUACUAUACAAUACUAAUAGGGGAUGUUAAAAAUUGAGUAACUAGCAAGAUGAGUAACAACGAAGCUUUUGACGGACAGAUAUUAGCUGACAAGCUCACAAAACUCAACAGUUCACAGCAAAGCAUUGAAUCUCUGUCUCGUUGGUGUAUUUCUCACCGAAAGAAAGCAAAACAGAUUGUUGAAACAUGGGAUAAAUGUUUCAAUUCUUCCCAAAAAGACCAGCGUGUGUCUUUUCUAUAUUUGGCUAAUGACAUAUUGCAAAACAGUAGGCGAAAGGGCAGUGAAUUUGUGAAUGAAUUCUGGAAGUUCCUUCCUGCAGCUCUGAAGCAUGUUUAUGAAAAUGGUGAUGGACAUGGAAAGAAAGUUGCCACAAGACUGGUUGACAUUUGGGAAGAAAGGAAGGUUUUUGGGUCUCGAGGGCAGAGUCUUAAAGAUGAAAUGAUGGGAAAGAAUCCUCCUGCUCUACCUGUAAGCAAUGGAAAGAGUUCAAAUCCUAUCAAGAUAGUGAAGAGGGAUGCACACUCAGUUAGAAUUAAACUGGCUGUUGGAGGUCUGCCAGAAAAAAUACUUACCGCAUUUCAACCUGUUCUUGAAGAACAUCUUAGUGAAGAAUCUGCUUUGAACAAGUGUAGUGCCGCUGUACAUCAUGUGGGUAAAAUUGAUGAAGAUGUUGAAAAUACCUUGACUCAUGGAACUCAGCAGGGAUCUACAUUGUUGGAUGAUUUAAAAGAGCAGGAAGAUGUACUUAAUCAAUCUGUUGGUCAGCUUGAAAACGUGGAGGCAACAAGAUCUGCCUUGGUUUCGCAGCUUAAAGAAGCACUUCAGGACCAAGAAUCAGAGCUGGAACUUGUUCGCACUCAGUUGCAAGUUGCUCGACAUCAGAUUGAGAAACUGGGUAAUAUUAAAAGGAGACUGACUUUGUCCCCGGUUGUUAACCCCCAAAGCAAUGUCACUAACAUGACAACUGAAUCUACAAGGGUGUUAGAACCAAAUUUAUCAUUAGUGCAGCCAACUGGCAUCCCACCUCAGCCUCCAACCCAACCUGUGAUUUCUUUUGCCUCUGUCAAAACUACUGAUGAAGAGAACAAAAAGGCAGCAGCUGCUGCUGUUGCUGCUAAGCUAGCUGCAUCUACAUCUUCUGCCCAGAUGUUGACCUCUGUUCUUUCAUCCCUUGUUGCUGAAGAAGCUGCCUCAAUGACUGGUAGCCUAACGUCAGCUGCAUUUACUUCAGGGUUAUCCAUGUUUCCUCCAGAAAAACGGCCCAAGCUUGAGAAGCAAAUGUCUGCAUCUGAACUUAACAAUCUUGAUGUUGGCAAUACAGCCUAUUUUACUCCUCUACAACAGCAGACAAUGACCAAUGUUCCACAUGCACCACCGGCAACCAUGCAGCCUUUGUCCCAAACUAACCAGAUGCAAAAUACUUUUGGUCCACCGCCCCCGCCACCUCCAGCACCAUCAGCAUCUCCUGCAACUCCACCAGCGAAUCAAUAUGCCCAAUCUGCUGGUCUCAUGGUGGGUGUAAUGCCUUACGGAUAUGGAUCAAAUACUCUGCCACCUCCACCCCCCAUACCUCCACAUAUUUCAAUGGGUUUGUCGAGGCCAGGUCAGCCGCAACAGCAGCAGCAGCAGCAACAGCAGCAACAUCAGCCUCAGCCUCAGCAGCAGCAGCAACAGCAGCUGCAGCCAGCUACUGGAGGUUAUUAUCGACCGCUGGGUAUGGGAUUCUAUGGGCAAAGUAAUCAGUCAAAUACACAGCCAGUACCUCGACAGUGAGUUCCUACUUAUUUUACCAAGCCAGAAUUUCCUAUACUGGAUUGUGAACAAAAUCAGCCAAGGUGCCCAUAACUUUUGGUGACAAAUUCAUCUUGGAAAUCAAUGGAGCCAGUGGAAUUUCUCAGAGGCAUUGUGUUAUUAUGUAAAUUAGUAGAGAAUAGUGUCUUCUAAACAUCUAGGUCCACCUCCCCAUGCCAGUUUAAGCAGUCAGUCUCCUUUAAUGUAUGUCUAGUAGAAAGGAAGUUUCUCGGUAGCUAUAUUUUAAUUUGACGUGAAGUGCCUAACUUGAAUGUACCUGUGCAAACUUGAUUGGCGCUGUAAACAGAGUUUGGGGCAUCACUAAAUGUGUACUUUAAUGUUGGAUAUGGCAUGCCUAGCUAGUCUCUACUCUCUUUGGCCAUUUGGAGAUCAUUUUGUUGAAUCGAGUGGGACAAUGUGGCUGUGGCUUUGUUGGUCAGAAUGUGGAUUAUAAUACUAGUUAAGCAAUAUAAUUAACCA